UAUUAGGUUUGGAUGACUUAUCAUUCUUUGCUCUUGGGAUGGGGUGUUAAUGUAGUUAUUAGGAGGAGACUUGAGUGAUGACUAUUUUGGUUGUCGUUUUUAAUUUAAUUCCUUUGACUUAUUGAUGGAAAUGUUCAAAGAGAAAUUAUUAAUCACAGGUCACUAAGGCACCCCAAUAUUGUGAGGUUUAAAGAGGUCAUCUUAACUCCUACCCAUCUGGCUAUUGUGAUGGAAUAUGCCUCUGGAGGAGAGCUUUUUGAGAAAAUAUGCAAUGCUGGACGAUUUAGCGAGGAUGAGGCUCGAUUCUUUUUUCAGCAACUCAUUUCAGGAGUUAGCUAUUGUCAUGCUAUGCAAGUAUGUCACCGUGAUCUGAAGUUGGAGAAUACUUUACUGGAUGGUAGUCAGGCUCCUCGUUUGAAAAUUUGUGAUUUUGGAUACUCCAAGUCAUCGGUGCUUCAUUCACAACCAAAAUCAACUGUAGGAACUCCUGCUUACAUUGCUCCAGAGGUGUUGUUGAGGCAAGAAUAUGAUGGCAAGAUUGCAGACGUGUGGUCAUGUGGGGUAACAUUGUAUGUGAUGCUGGUUGGAGCAUAUCCUUUUGAGGAUCCUGAUGAGCCAAAGGACUUCAGGAAGACAAUACAGAGAAUUCUGAAUGUCCAGUAUUCCAUUCCUGACAUGGUUCGGAUAUCUCCUGAGUGUUGUGACCUGAUUUCUCGAAUUUUUGUUUUUGAUCCUGCAGCAAGGAUUACCAUUCCACAAAUCAAGAACCAUGACUGGUUUGUGAAGAAUCUUCCUAUGGACCUAAUGGAUGAAAACACAAUGGGGAAUCAGUUUGAAGAGCCUGAUCAACCAAUGCAGAGCAUUGACACCAUCAUGCAAAUAAUUUCUGAGGCCACCAUACCAGCUGCUGGCGCACAUGUUCUUGAUCGAUAUAUGAAUGACAACCUUGACAUGGAUGAUGAUAUGUCGGACUUUGAUUCUGAAUCCGAGCUUGAUGUAGAUAGCAGUGGUGAGAUAGUUUAUGCACUCUAAUCACAGCAUGUCAAGAUGAGGUGUUUCUUUGAGCAUAUGGACAUAUCAAGAUCUAGCCAGAAAGAAUGUAUUUUAGAAUGCAUUAGGUUAGCAUAGCAACAGCUUAGGAAAGUAAAAUAUGUGCUUUGGUUCUGUCAUGUUCACAAUAUGCAUUUUCUGUUCUGUUCUGUGUGGAGGGAUUUCAUCUUUCUGCUUUACAGAGGUUGGUAACUGGUACAAAUUCUCGAACUUAGGGAUAUGCACCCAUUGCCAUCCCAUUGAACUAUUAUUUACUAGUCACUUUUGUAUUGGUUCUGUGCCUUUUUUUCCUUUCCUUUUAUCUUUUCCUUUUUGAUGCUGUUUGGCUUAAAUCCUUUAAGUCUGUAUGCUCUAUGUAACAGGUGAUUAUAAAUUAAUAUAUAUUUUACAACUAGUUUUUCUCCC